CACCUUCUUCUCCGAACUCUCAACAGCAGCAGCUCUGCCCUCAGCAGCUCGGGUGUCGCUCAAACAUGGAUCAAAGUCCAGGUCAGGAGCUUACCAUCGUCCUCCUUGGAAACUCUGGAGUUGGUAAGAGUGCGUCAGGAAACACCAUCCUGGGGCGAACAGCGUUUGAAUCCAAAUUAACCUUUACAUCAGUGACGAAAGAAAUCUCCAAACAAGAAGCAGCUGUGUUUCAGAGGCAGGUCUCUGUAGUCGACACUCCGGGGAUUCUGGGAUCUGAGGAUUUGAUUGAGUCCUGGAUUAAAAACCUCCAGCAGACCUCUGCACCUUGUUUGUUCUUGGUGGUGGUUAAGAUAGAUCGAUUCACCGAUGAGCAGAAGAGGGCUGUGGAGGCAGCUAUCAAAGUCAUUAGGGAUCAAGAGUCCAACUCUUACCUGCUCUUCACAAAAGGAGACCACUUAAAUAACGCGUCGCUCGAGGAUUUCAUCAACGCAGAACCAGACAGUCUGCUCAGACCCAUUGUUGACAGGUUUGCAGGCAGACAUCACAUGUUCAACAACGAAAACGGAGGACCAGAACAAGUCCGAGAGCUGCUGGAGAAAUCAGGUCACCUCAGAGACGUUCCUCAUCCCUGCAUUAGGAGGAAGGUGGUGCUGCUGGGUCUACCUGGAGGAGGGAAGAGUGCAUCAGGAAACAACAUCCUGGGGUCAGAUGCUUUUGAAUCAUCUGCUGGCUUUGAUCCAGUCAGCAAUGGGACGGUCUCUAAGUCAGCCACAGUGGAGGGUCGUAAGAUCACUGUGGUGGACACUCCUGGAUUCACUGAUAAUGUUCUGUCCCCCAAAAAGCUCUACCUGGAGAUCAUGAAGUCAGUAUUUCCUGCAGCUGAUGGAGGUGAUGCAGGUAAUGCAGCUGAAGGAAGAAAUGCAGGUAAUGCAGCUGAAGGAGGUGAUGCAGCUGAUGGAGGUGUUGCAGGCCCACACGUCUUUGUCAUCGUGGUGGAGAUUGGAAGAAUCUUCCCAGUUCAAGAGAAAAUGUUUGAGCUUGUUCCGAAACUGUUUGGUAAAGAUGCUGAGAAGUUUACCAUGGUGCUGUUUACUCACGGUGAUAAGCUGAAAGGUCAACCCAUUGAGAAGUUCAUCAGGGCCAACCCGUGCAUGUCAGAGCUGGUCGCCAGCUGUGGAGGUCGGUACUGCGUUUUUGACAACACAAAGAGAGGAAACAGGGUGCAGGUUAGAGGCCUCCUGGAUAAAAUAGAUGAGAUGGUCGAAGCUAACGGUGGAAACCACUACACCUCUGAGAUGUUAAAGAAGCCUCCGUCAGGGAUUAAAGCCAUGUUAGAAAGAAUGUGGAAAACAAUAAAGGAGUGGUUCACUAACCUGAUCGAGGAAAUAAAGCAUGUUAUGAAGCUGGUGGCAGUUAGAAACAUGUCAUGCAGACUUGAUAGAGACGCAGGGAAGAACAGAGAGGGAGGAGGGGCUUAUGAACAGCUCAUAAAAGAGGAGGAGGAGCUUAAAGAGGUUGAAGUCAUAGGAGCAGAAAAUGUGUCUGAAGACUGAAGGUUUGAGGGGUGACCUCUGACCUGCAGCAGUUUCAGACAAGAGCAGGCUGAGAGCAGAGAGUCAGCCGACCCUCUGAGAUCACACAGAUUUCAAAUCCAACAUAAAGUACUCACACAUUCAGAUCAGCGCUCUGUCACAGACAUCCUGUGUAUGACAGGUCUGACCAUGAGCUGAAUUCAUGUGUGUUCAUUUCUGUCAUGUAUGAAUGUUCAUGUAUCUACAGGUGUUACUGAUUGUUGCUUCAUCUUUUGUGUUGAAGGGCUGUGUCAACUGGCAGCUCAAGCACAGCUCAGGCUUUUCAUCCCUGAGCUGUGUUUGGUCAGCUCCUCAGUGUCAUGGGACUUUUGUUGCUGCGCUCUCAGCUGAAUAUCUGGUUGUCUCCAUGGAAACUGUCUCCAGGUCUAAACAGCGAACACAGUUCGAGUUUCUAACCUGCUGUAGUUCCUCGCCGGAACUAAGUACUACAGAACGUCCUCAAUCACGUGUUUGAUCACUUGUUAGAUCACGUGUUCGAUAACCUGUUGAAUCAUAUGUUAGAUAAUAUGUACGAUUACGUGUUCGAACACGUGAACGAUAACAUGUUGGAUUACCUGUUCGAUCAGGUGUUCAGUCAUUUUUUCAAUCAUGCUUUGGGUCACGUGUUCGAUCCUGUGUUUCGAAAAUGCGAUCAAUCAUGUGUUCAAUCAUGCCUUCAAUCAAGUGUUCGACAAUGUGUUCCAUCACCUGUAUGAUCAUGUGAUGGAUUAUGUAUUCGAUCACAUCUUCUAUCAGGUAUUCGUUCACGUGUUUGAUGGCAUGUUUGAUAACACGUUCGAUCACGUUUUGGAUCAAUUGUUCAAUCGUGAUGGAUUACUUGUUUGAUCACGGCUGCGAUAACGUAUUUGAUCACAUAUUCGAUCACGUGUUCGAUCAUGUGAUGGAUUAUGUGUUCGAUCACUUGUUCGAUCAUGUAUUCGAUCACGUGUUACAUCAUAUGUUAGAUAAUGUAUUCGAUCCUUUGUUCGAUCAUGUAUUCUAUCACGUAUUAAAUCAGUGGUUUGAGCAUUCUAAACUCUUCUAUAAUGAUCUGUAACAAUUUGCUGUAAUUUUAUGUCAUCACAUGAUCGAACACGUGAUCGAUUAUGUGUUCGAUCACUUGUUCGAUCAUGUAUUCGAUCACGUGUUACAUCAUAUGUUAGAUAAUGUAUUCGAUCCUUUGUUCGAUCAUGUAUUCUAUCACGUAUUAAAUCAGUGGUUUGAGCAUUCUAAACUCUUCUAUAAUGAUCUGUAACAAUUUGCUGUAAUUUUAUGUAAUGUCGGUGUAAAUACUCACCCUCUGGUCUUCUUUAAUUUUUUACACAUUUGUUUUUGAAUGCAUAUUAUUCUAUGUAACCUAGAUCAUUUUCUUUCUUAGCACUCUAUAAAUGCAUUUAUUGUUAUUGAUUAUUGAUUAUUGAUUAUGACAAACAUAUUUUCAACACUGAUUCUUUCAGUUUCUCAGAAAAGAUGUAAUGAAAUGUAAAAUGUGAAAAUGUUAAAUCCUGUCGUUUGGUCAUGUGACUCUGAAUGAAUAAAGAAUAGAU